CCAAGACUUGCUUCGUUUACUAAGAUAAGAGCGAAGAUAAGAGUGUAGCUUUCGUACCUAUAUUUGUAGGUCAUGGCCUCAUUUGCUGUGGUAUUCUCGCACUUUGCAAUUCUUUUGCUGUCUGUUUUGCCUUUGGGGAGUUCACUGAGCUUAGACUACUACGAGAAGACAUGUCCAGGUGUUGACUUCAUCGUUAAUAAAGCUGUCAAGAGUGCAGCUUACAAAGACAAGACUGUCCCUGCGGGACUCCUCCGGAUGCACUUUCAUGACUGUUUUAUAAGGGUAUUCUCUUUAGAAUUCUCAACACGUUUAAACUUCUUUGUGUUUGACAAAACUAACCUGGUUUUGUUUGCUUGGGUGAAGGGCUGUGAUGCAUCUGUACUGCUGAAUUCAGUAGGGAACAACAAAGCUGAGAAAGAUGGGCCUCCUAAUUUGUCUUUGCACUCGUUUUUCGUGAUCGACAACGCAAAGAAAGAACUGGAAUCCUAUUGCCCCGGUGUUGUCUCUUGUGCUGAUAUUGUGGCUCUAGCUGCAAGGGAUGCAGUUGUGCUUUCUGGAGGCCCAACAUGGGAUGUUCCCAAAGGGAGAAAGGAUGGAAGGAUAUCAAAGGCUAGUGAAACAAUACAAUUGCCAUCUCCAAGGUUCAACAUUUCUCAGCUGCAACAAAGCUUCUCCCAAAGGGGAUUGUCCUUGGACGACCUAGUGGCUCUUUCAGGAGCACACACCUUGGGAUUUGCUCAUUGCUCAUCCUUUGAAGGUAGAAUUCGCAACUUCUGUCCAGCCAGCAACGUCGACCCUGAGAUGAAUCCGUCCUUUGCAGCAAGUCUAAGAAACACAUGCCCAGUAAACAACAAGGCUAAAAAUGCUGGUGCUUACAUGGAUACUUCUUCAACCACAUUUGACAACAAUUACUAUAGACUGAUACUUCAAAAGAAGGCCCUGUUUUCUUCUGACCAAGCUCUGCUAAACUUUCCUAAGACCAAGAAUCUUGUUUAUAAGUUUGCAAGUUCAAAGGAAGCUUUUAACCGUGCAUUUGUUAAUUCUAUGAUCAAGAUGAGUAGCAUCACUGGAGGUCAAGAGAUCAGGAAGAAUUGUAGGGCAGUGAACUAAGAGCUACUCCUAAUAGCUGUGUGCGUUUUGUUUGCAAUGGGAGUAAAGUACCCAUAGCUAGCUUGUAUUCAGUACUGUUGAAAUCACGGUACAAAUGUGUUCUCAUAUAUUUCCACUAAUGGAAUGCCUUUAUUUUUGCCUUUA